AAGGCUGAAAUGUUAAUGUGUGUGUAUGCUCGUAUGUAUUUGGGUGGGACAAUGUUUAUUCCUUUUUUAAUUUGCUUCCUGGGCUGAUGUCCUUGUCCAAAUGACUGAUGCAAUGAAGAGGUUGCAUGAGUGUCUCCCUCACUGUCUUUGGUGGACGGGUUUUACGGACAGAUGGUAAAAAUGUUUUUGCUAUCUUUAUUUUGUCCCUUGUUUUUUGCAUUAGUACGAAGAGAAACCAAAGAUGCAAAGGAGUGACAAGAUAGAAUGAAAAGUUUCUUCACAAUUAAGCAUGGGUGCAUUUUCGACCUUUGUUAAGGAGUCCAGCUUGAAACCCUUACUUGCUUCUCAUAAGUGGGGCUAUGUUUUGCUCCCUCACACAUUUUCAUUAAUCACUUUUUCAGCUGCACCUGUGUGUUUCAAGCUGAUCAGGUGUAUUAAUGUUGUACCUUUUUUUUGAGUUUUAUUUUCACUUUGCUGAGCAGUCGUUAAUGUAUCCACUGGUGCAAAUCCUUUCUCUGCAGACCAGGAUAGAUGUUGUUGACCUCAGCACUUACUUUUUCCAGAUCGAUCCAGUCAGUGGAUGUACUCCGACAAGGUUACUAAUGAGCUUCACUCAACGAGCCAGAGAAACCCAAAUUGAACUCUGAAGUUGCAUCAGCUCUCCACCUGCCUUUGUGUUACCUAACUAACUGAUUUGCUCUGAUUGACAUCUCCUGGUGUCAUUCUUUUGUGGUCAAACUGUCCAACAAAAUCAGCAUUGGAUUGUUUGGGACGUUCCCUGGAUAUUGAACAAAUAUAGUGCUGUUGCCGUGGUGACACUCCAGAGGGACCUUGAUUGAAAGGUCUGCUUCCAGACGAACUGUCAGGGGCUGCCACCAAAAGGAACAUGUGCUAGAAGUUGAACGUCUUUCCUAAACAACUGGUCGGCUUUGACUCUAGAAGAUGAGCAAUGAGGAUGAAUUCUACGACGCCGUCACAGGCCUGGAUUCAGAUGAGUCGUAUGAAGGGGUGUCGGAAGCCAGUUUCAAAGAUGCACUGGUGUUUGAUGGCAGCAGUCAGAAGGACAACGGCUCAGUGCCACAGGAGAACGGCAUCAAGAAACACAGGAUGUCAUUACCUGCUCCCAUGUUUUCCAGAAACACUAUCAGUGUCUGGAGUAUCCUGAAAAAAUGCAUUGGAUUGGAACUGUCCAAGAUCACGAUGCCCAUCAUCUUCAACGAGCCUCUGAGCUUCCUACAGAGAAUCACAGAAUACAUGGAACACACUUACCUCAUCAACAAAGCCUGCUCACUGUCCAACUCCAUAGAGCGCAUGCAGGCAGUUGCUGCUUUUGCUGUGUCAGCAGUUGCGUCACAGUGGGACAGAACUGGAAAACCCUUCAACCCUCUGUUGGGAGAGACCUUUGAACUCACCAGAGAGGAACAGGGUUUCCGGCUGGUAUCAGAGCAAGUAUCCCAUCAUCCGCCAGUCAGUGCCUUCCAUGCAGAGAGCCUGGCCGGGGACUUUGUCUUUCACGGCUCCAUCUACCCCAAACUCAAGUUCUGGGGCAAGAGUGUUGAGGCUGAGCCUAAAGGGACCAUCACACUAGAGCUGCUCAAGCACAACGAGGCGUACACAUGGAGUAACCCCUACUGCUGUGUACACAACAUCAUCCUAGGCAAAUUGUGGAUAGAGCAGUAUGGCACAGUGGAAAUAGUCAACCACAGCACUGGAGACAAGUGUGUGUUGAAUUUCAAGCCCUGUGGGAUGUUUGGCAAAGAGCUACACAAAGUGGAGGGAUACAUCCAGGACAAGAGUAAAAAGAAGCGCUGUGUCAUCUAUGGGAAGUGGACCGAGUGCAUGUGGAGUGUCGACCCUCAGGCCUACGAGACCCACAAGAAGUCAGAUAAGAAAGGAGACAACAAGAAGCACAAAAAUGAAGAGCUGGAGGGAGCGGAGAACGAUGACGCGGAUGACAUGCCAGAAAUCCAGGAGACGGUGUGUGUCGUACCAGGAAGCACUCUGCUGUGGAGGAUAGACUCCAGACCAGCACACUCCGCUACGAUGUACAACUUCACCAACUUUGCGAUGUCUCUCAAUGAACUGGAGCCUGGCAUGGAGGCCAUCUUGGCCCCCACCGACUGUCGCUUCAGGCCUGACAUCAGAGCCAUGGAGAAUGGCAACAUGGAUGAGGCGAGUAAGGAGAAGGAGAGACUGGAGGACAAACAGAGAACUGCAAGAAAGGAGAGAGCCAAGAAUGAAGAGGAGUGGUCUACUCGGUGGUUCCAGUCGGGCAACAACCCGUACACUGGCUUCCAGGACUGGAUCUACACUGGUGGCUACUUCAGUAGGAACUACCAAGACCUGCCUGACAUCUACUGAUAGCCUGCAGGCCUUCAUCCUCCUCCUCCUCCUCUGUAACCUGCAAUGAUCUGCCUGUCACAAAUUGGGGAGGAAUGUUAAGAAUCCACAUACCAACUUUUACUCCCAUCUUCAUCUCACUGCCUUCAUCAUCAUCUUCCCUCUUUAUAAACUGAGCGACAAACCCAGCACAGAUUGGAAAGAUUUAAAAAGAAGCCAAAUGUCGUCCAUCAAUUCUCUUAGACUGUGGCCUGCUUGAUGUCUACUGAGUCUUCAGGUGCUUUUUUUUUUGCUUUUUUUUUCGUCAUCUUCACCACAGUCUUGUUCUCAUCAUCUUGGGUGAAUUUUUCUUUUUGUCACCUAAUGACCAGCAAACGUUUCCCGUCUCUCUGCCCUGACAACAUUUAGAGCACAAUAAGCAUUAUAUUCCUGGCCAAUCCCAGUGGCAGAGAGUUGGUGCGUCUGAAUCAAACAACAGCCCACAAACUCACAGGUCCAAUCUGAAUGUUUAACGUCUUUACAAUCAAACUCGCUCCUCUGAGAAACCAUUUAGUCACGUGUGAAUAAUGAGUGAAAACAAAAUGAAGUAGGACAGAAUAAUCACAGUGAUGGAUUUAUGGACAAGGAUGGACACCAAGUCAACGGGGAAAUCAGGGAUGUGAAUGCUCCUUUGACUGAAGAUGGAUUUUGAGGAUGCUUUUUCUUUUUUGGAAACUUUUAAAGACUCAAAUGCUCUUAAAAAAAAAAAAAGUAGAUGACAUAGUACUCUGUAAGGAAAAAAAUUAUAAAGAAAUACUGUUGGUUAAAUUGGUCGAGACAAAUCGAAUGCAAGCAUGAGUUUAUUACUGUCCAUGUGUCAUAUCCCUAAAAGAUUUAGUCACCAGACACCGAACGGAUGUUUCCUCGACAGCAUAGUGGAAUGUGCAGCUUGAAUGCACUGGGAUCAGAAAAGAAACCACAUGAGUUCUGAUGUUCUUAUACAUCAAACAUAUAAAUAGAUCGAGCACAGGUUGGGUGGCAGGCCUGAGCUGUUAGCCCCCUCAAAAUGUAACUCUUUCAUCUUAAUACUUGGCCUGUGGCUUCUGUAUGUCUCUAAGAAUAGCUGUUGGUUUUACUACCAGGAGUAGUAUGUGCAGUAUGUUUAACAAUCCACAGUACUCCUAACAUUAAUACACUCUGUGUGGGUUUCUAAAAGAACAAGUAGAGUUUAAGAAACACUGAGCUAUUUUUUUCUGGCUGCUCUGCCAUAUUUUGGUAGUAAUUUUUCAGCUGCUAAGGUUUACUAACAUGAAAACGGGCUUCGCACAAGUGCAGAAAGAUUUCUUAACUGGUUCAUACAUCUUUACAUUGAUGAGGAAAUCUCUUGAUUAUCAAGGUGAUUUUUAAGGCACACGUCUGUUUUCCCUCACCACAGGCAGGUCAGAGGUCAGAGUUUAGCAGCACAUGUGCAUGUAAAUCUGAACCUCGGGGACUAAGUUCACUCUUACAGAGCUAAAACUCAUUGUACAGUGAUUUUGACAUUUGAAAUAGAUAUUUAAUUUCCAAAUUAGUUACAAUCUCCAUCUGUGUUCAACUUAGUAACAUUGAGGAAAUUAAAAGCAAGAGUAAAUGUAAGUAACAUUAACAAUACAUGCACACAUGCACAUUCAUCAUUUGAAUGAGUAAAAAUAUGUACAAACACUUAAAGCCACAUUAACUACAGGAGAGAGUGGCUUUGCUGUGUGAAUGACGGGAAUUGGACAAUGUGAACAUGCAAGAUUUACAUUAUUAUUAAUCUCACUAUCAUAGCAUGAUCAAGAAAAAUGAAACAUUAUUCAUGUCAGUGUAUUAGAAUGUAAUAUGCAUUGUUAGGUUAUCUGCUGUGGUUGGAUUGGAUGCUGGAGCCUGGAUGGAUUACCGAACAGGUGUUGGCAGGCACAGGCCCAGGGGCCAAGGAGGUCAUGGGGUCCGUGGGCUUCACCUGCAAAAUGUCACUAAAAGAAACACAAACCAGUACAAACAGACACAAAAUGACUGCAAGGAUGCAAAACGACCACAGUGUCAUGAGAAAUGAUCACAAAUAAAUGUCAGCAGCUACAAAGAGAGGCAGACCUGGGAUCAGAAAAGAAACCACCAGAGGCCCAAUAUCUCAAAAUCCAUCCAUGUGUUUGCAUCACCUUUUUUUUCUGAGACUGAUUAUAGUAAAAUGGAUCAGCAAAUCAAGAAUCUCAUUCCCAAACAGAAUUUAAUUUAUUUAUUUUUUUUUUUUAAAAGGAAAAAAAAAGUUAGACUACCCCAGUGAAUGUUACCACAAAAAAGGACUGUCGAUAGCUCUCAGGCCGACUGGACGAAACAAAGCUGUGCAGACUGGAUAUAAGGUAUUUUGGAGCUUGAUGUACAGAAAUCCUUUCUUUCCACAUUUUGAGUCAUAAGACUCAUGAAACUCAACGCCAGAAAUGAGCUACACCGUCAUGAUUCCAUGUUGCUCUCAACAAAUAUUUGGACUUUAGCUCCCCUAUAGCUUUAUCUUAAUGUUACAAAUACUUGAUAUUUUACAUUGUUUGCUUGGAUAGUUUGUUUGCAUUUUAUUCAAGCUCAGCAGGAGUCAAAUUUCCAUUCAGAUUUGGAUUGGAAAUCCAGAUGCUGGUGUAAGAUCUAAAGUAUGAUGGCUGGACACCGAGCCACAUGCAAUCACCUGUGGUAAAAGAGACCACAGGAAUUAAUUUGACGGAUUUGACUUUCAUUUUAUCAAAACUUGAUUUUGACUUAGUAUGUAUGCUGAAAUUAUAUUAACAUAUUGUCAAAAAGUUUUCAAACAUUCCUCUCAGUGGGACAUUUUUAGUAGAGCUACAGGCUUAAUAUAUUGAGCUUCAGAUAAAAUUAUCGAUCCAAGCACAAAUAAAAUUAAAAAUCCCUUUUAUCUGUUUCUUUGCUGCUGUUAAAGCAGACUGAAUCAGUUGUGUUUUAAUGCGGCUUAUUCAUAUAAAACCCUGCUUCAUCUUGCAUUAGUGUCUCCUCGUGAACGGGUUACAACCCUCAACUCUCCAGGUUAUCAUCACACCAUAAUGCACAUUUUCUUCACAUUACCUGCAGGCCUGUUUGCACUGGUAAAAAUGGAACAUUUUUAAACAGCAAACAAGUAGUUUUUUGCUUUUGUUGAUAAUAUGGAAAACUAUCAUCUAGUUGCACUCGUUUGAAGAACAUAACAGAUAUAGAAUGUGCCACAAAUCUAAUGAGAUGACUUUAAAUUCUCUCCACUACUUGUCCUGCAUCAGCUGACCAACCAAGACACCUUAUGAGACCUUCAGAAAUAUUUAUUUUGAACGUCGCUCACUAUUUUCAUGCAUUUUGUUUGAAUACCAGAUGUUUAAAAACAUGGCGUUUUCAUCAGUGCAUUUAGGAGCUACAGUAUAACGUAAGUCACAACACGGCUCUAUGCAACUUCUACAGCUCAACAUGAACAGUAUGUGUGACCUGUUUUUGUACAGUAGCAUUACUUUCCCCAGCACACACACACACACACACACACAUCCUCAGCCUAUGUGCUACUCAGCUGAAAUAAUAAUGACUUUGCCUUCUUAGUUAUUCUUAAUAUAUUAUAUUCCAGAUAAUUAACAAUGCUUACAACUUGUUGAACUACUUGGCACUACAACCAGCCUUGUAUCACAUCUUGGAUCAAUUUAACUUUACAUUUCCAUGUCAUGUCCAUGUCCAUGUUUCCAUGUCAUGCUUAAUGCCUGGAUGUUUUAGUUUCCCCUUUUUCAUUCACUUGCUUUCUCCCUCUUUUUUGUGUAUUAUUUAUGAUCUUUGAGGUUUUAUGAAAGAACUCUGUUGUCAAACUGUUUUGUUUUUUUCUUCCUUUGCUUAUGUUGCUAAUCGAAACGGCUCUGAGUUUUUUUCCUUUCACUUAAACAUGAAUCUUUUAGUGGAGCAGAGUAUCUAGUCAGGGCUUGAAGUGAACAUCAUUCACCAGCUUAACACUUGUACAUUUGACUGUGGCCGUUACAUGUGUCAGAUUUACUAGCCAGUGCUGUUUGAAGUUAGACAGACUGCGUUUAAUCAUUCCUUCCCAUUGGACACACUUUUGUCUUAAAAUCCAGAAUUCAGUUAUUUUUAUGCCAAGAUAAUCUUUUUUUUCCCCAGCAUGUUAUUAAAAUAGACAUUAAAAAUCUGUUAUUCAAACACUACUCAAGUUGAAAUGUCACAGGUGAAUUCAACACUGGUUAAAUGCAGCAGUUAGAAAUGAAACAUGAACAAAAGUCUUUGUCAAAAAAGACUUUGACUGUAAAAUAAUUGCAGCUGGUAAAAUGGUCCAAGUGGCUAGUAAGUAUAUGGAAUGGUUACAUUCGUCAGUGCUUAUUCAGACUCUACCAGUUACAAGACUAGUGCUCUGUCAUUAAACUAGAUCUAGGUUUUACGUUGCUUUGAGUGUUGUUUCAUUCUAUAAAUAUGUGUUGUGUUGAAUUUUACCCUCCCUCUCUUGGACUGUAUGAUGUGGUUGUCGAUGUUACAUACGUGUACAAGUAUUGCACAGAGGUAAUCGCAAGCAAAAUGGCAUAUUAUUUUGUGCAAUUGAUUUAUUUUUAUAGUAUUUAAGCAGUUUUUGGUGAGAACAUUGUACCAGAUGUUUUAUUUUGAGGUGGGGGACUGUAAGGGGUCGUGUCCACACUGUGGACAGCUUCAUAGAUUACCGAAUGGGGGGAAUGUCUACUAAUAAAAUCCUAAUUUCA